GUGACCAGCUCAAACUAGUUUUGAGAAACAAAGAACGGGGCAACAGAUAACAGAAAACGGUCUUGGAGUACUGACGAGGGCGGAGUGAACAGAAACACUCGGAGCAAAGAGUUCAUUCGUGAGAAACCCAAUCUACUGUGCCAAAAUGCGGGGUAUGUUAUCAGUUGUUCUUGUCCUGGUGGUGGCCUUGAUGAUGGUAACUGCAGAAGCUGGAAGGGGCAAGAAAGAGAGAGGCAAAGGUGCCAAGGCGACCUCUGAUUGCGCGGAAUGGCGCUAUGGCAACUGUGUGCCCAAUAACGGUGACUGUGGGCUCGGAGUCAGAGAAGGCACCUGCAAUGAUCAGACCAAGAAACUCAAGUGCAAAGUGCCUUGCAACUGGAAGAAGGAGUUUGGUGCUGACUGCAAGUACAAGUUUGGGAGCUGGGGAGAGUGCGACACCACCACUGGCAUGAAAAACCGAUCUGGAACCCUGAAGAAAGCCCUGUACAACGCUGAGUGCCAGGCCACCAUCCAGGUGUCCAAACCCUGCCCAAAGACCAAGACAAAGUCCAAAGGAAAGAAGGGGAAAGGGAAAGAACACUAAAGAGAGCUGGAGCCUUGCAAUGUAACCUGCCUCUCCUCCAGACUACCGCUCCAGCACAAUCUUCCUCUGCCAAACCUCUCAGCCAGCGCUCAAGGUGCCGCAGCAACCAUACGUGCUGCCCUCCUGAAAAAGAAAAGCAAAAACAAACAAAAAUGCAUACUAUUUCUUAUUUUAUGAAACCAGUGUUUGUAAUGUACAGUAUCUUUUCUCUUUUAUUUGUAGGCAAACUUAAAAAUAUACUCAAAGGUAAAGACAGGUCCUUUUCCUGUUAAUGAUAAAAAAAAAAAGUAAAUAUUCUUUUGAAUUGGUGGAUUUGGCCAAGAAACUGUAAGACUCUGAAUGAAAAUUCUUGGUAUGGUUAAGGUUUUUUUCCUUUUUCUUUUUGACUACCAGUUAGAGCUACUAACAGAACUGAACAGGUUUCUCCAGUGAAUUUGAAAUGUGUGCCAAGUACUAAACUUAUAGGGCCCAAAUCACCUAAUUAUUUUAGUGGACUGAGGAUAGCAAUAUGUGUAUUUUAUGUAUGAAAAAGGAUGUAGGGGUUGAAUGCUCAAGGGAUUAGAAUUUUGAUUAUUCAAAAUGGUGGGUGGGUAGUAUCACCAGUGUUUUCUGUAAGUUUUGUUUGAAACAGAACUUAUAUGAGCCUAUUUGAGUGUGUAUGCAUAAUCUGUACACACAGACUCUUAAUAGUAAGUUUUAUUGUAUUCACAAAUGCUGUCAACAAGAAAAUUGACUAUUCCCAAUAAAUACACUUUCUUAAAACAA